UUUUUUUUCUCAUCUCAUUUUUUUUCACUCUACACAUAUUGAUUGAUCAGGAUUGAUUUUUUAUUUUUAUUUAUCUACUCAACUAUAAUAUAUUGCCAUGGCAACAACAACCAAGCUCACAACCGACUAUCUCAUUACAAGCAGCAGCACCAGCAGCGGCAGCAGCCUGAUUACACCCAUGCCCUCUCUGCCGCCCUCUCCACACCACGCAGCAUCCCUAACACAUGCGCCAAACAGCGCCCACCUCGGUGCACGGCUCCUAAUGACCGCCGCCACCCUCACAACGCAGCAGGACGAAAGCAGCCAUAGCGACAGCAGCACCACCAGCAGCACCAGUACAACCAAACCCCCACUAAUGCUGCGCAGCCGAAGCCGCUCAAGCAGCAGCAGCAGCCGAGCAGUGAUCCAACGGCAAGAACGCAACCUCACAAGGGCAUUCACCGAAAUAUCCCUAAUGUGCCAAACAAUGGAUCUCCCACGGUCGAUCAACGAGGCAUCCAGGGAGCUCUACCGCUUGGUGGAAGAGGGCAAUUUACAUCGCGGCAAGAAUAUUGAUGCGCUUAUUGCCACGUGCAUUUUCCUUGCGUGUCGCCAAAAGGCCGUCCCGAGGACUUUCAAGGAGAUUUGUGCGUUGACCAGGGUGCCGCGCAAGGAUAUCGGUCGGACGUUCAAGUACCUUAAAGAGAAGCUGGGCGCAGAUGCUGGGUCAAUGUCAUCGGAUGAUUUGAUGGCUAGGUUUUGUGCGAAUCUGUCCUUGUUGGAGAAGGCACAGGAGUGCGCUGUGAUGUUGAAUAAGAGAGCGAAGGAAAGGGAUACAUUGGCGGGGAAAAGCCCGGUGUCGGUGGCUGGUGCGUGUAUUUAUAUGGCAUCGCAUUUGGUCGGCCAGCCGAGAGACGCGAGGGUUAUUUCGCAUGUGGCUGGCGUUAGUGAGGUUACUAUUAAGAACUCUUAUAAGCUCUUACAUAAGGAUCGAGCCUUGUUGAUAGGUCCUGAGAUGCUAGAGACUGAUCCGAUGGCUUCGUUGGAUAACCUGCCAUUGCCAUAGGUAAAAAGGAGAAUUUUUAAUGUAAUAAAUAAAAUGAUAAACACUUUUUAUUUGAUUAUUG